UUGAAUUAUCACACUAUGAUUCGCAAUGGCGCAGGAGGGGUGGUUGUGCACUGACACGGCUAGCAGAGGGAUAGAGCUGACGCAGCGCAUUGUGGAAGCUUCACAGGAGGGAGAUUUUGAUACUAUAAAAUCCUUGCUAGAGGCAGGUGUGUCGGUGAACGCUGCCGAAUACAACAAAACUUUGUUUUAUGCCUCUCAGAAUUACAUGACUCCGCUUCAAAUUUGUGCAGAACAUGGGUUUUUAGAGUGUAUUACACUGUUGAUAAAGCAUGGAGCUGCUCUGGAUGCCAAAGACCGUUUUGAAGUGACUGCAGUCCACCUUGCUGCAGAGAAAGGGUAUUUCCAGUGUUUGAAAGCACUGCUAGAUGCUGGGGCGGACUGUAACAUUGGGACCAAGUAUUCUAGACAUGGCUACUACAAAGCAGUGCCAUACCCUGGGGGAACCACGGCACUGCACCUAGCUGCCAAGAACAAUCACGUGGAAUGUGUGAAGGAGCUCAUCCUCAGUGGGGCCGAUUUCAAUGCGCCAGACCAGCAUGGCCGCACCAGCCUGUAUAUAGCAGCCCACGAAGCCCACGAAGAGUGUGUGCUGGUCCAGCUUAGCUCUGCCCUGGGGAGAGAUAUCCUCUCUCUGCCGGUCAACAUUACAAAGGAAACUCCACUGCAUGAGUGUGUUCGUCAUGGUCAGCGGAGAGCUGUGCGGGAGUUACUGAAGCAUGGGUCAGAUGUCAACCACAAGAACAAUGCUGGCUUCACACCACUGCACCUGGCAGUGCAGGUGACCAGCUUUAACUUUGAGUUGUUACAAGACAUCGUCACCAUGGGCUACAAUGUUAACCUGGAUAUCAGAGAUGGAAAUGGUGUGACUGCUCUUGAACACGUCUCCCUCAAUGACAAAUUUGUUCGCCAGCCUGAAGUGGCCGCCUUCUUGGUAGCAUACGGUGCUAACUGGAAAAAGCUACGCUCCAAACAACUAACUCUGCUCCAGCAAGAGCUUCUGACUAAAUACACAGACCGAGUUCUUCUCCAUGCCAUGGCGGACAGUGCUGCAUCGUUACCAACUGUCGAAUCUCUGGAUCUGGAUACCCUCACAGCUCGCGGUGGCAUGAUUCGUCCACACAUGCCACGGUUAGCGUUUUCCGAGGAGAAACUAGAGUGGUACAAGAAUUUGAGCAGAAAUCCAAGAACACUGCAACAUAACUGUCGUUGUGCAAUAAGGUCGGCAAUGGGAAUGAAGAGACUGAAACAUAUUGCCAUCUUGCCACUACCACAGUCGCUGAGGGAUUAUUUGUUUUUGAAUAUCCACCAGCAUUUAGCCAGUUUAGAAGGGGCUAAUGGGGUCUAAACUUUUAUCAGUCUGAGACUCACAUUUAUUAUGUAAAUACUUUGAUUUCUUAUUUUCAUCUCCGCCAACAAAGGAGAAUUGUGUUUUCUCUGGCAUAGGGUUUUUGUUAAUGGGCAAAAUCACUCCCAUUGAAGUUCUUCACAAAUUUUGAUGAAAUUUGGAGGGAAAAGAGGGAUUGGCAGCUAUUCAGGAGGGAAGAAGGGAUUAAGAUUUCAAGUGAACUAGGGUCUCCUAGGGUUUUUUUUUUUUCUUGUAGGAUGUAAAAUGUGUACUCUUGUUACUUUAAAUAGUGGCAAACAUUUGCAAGUCCAUGAGACAUAGAGGCAGCUUGUGAUUUGGUGCUAAAUGCAGAGUGAUAUCCAGUGUAGUUAUUGCAGGUGCUACUAUGGUUAUAUACUUGUGCAGUGUAGGUAGUAUGUUACAAACCUAAGAUUUAUUAUUUAUCAAAUGAGAGUAAUGCCUGUGAGUGUAUAAAAGCAAUGAAGAAAAAUACUAAGCAAGAUUUUGAAGUUGAGCAGAAUUUUCAGGCUGAGGUCUUUGUAAAAUAUUUAAUGUAAAUAUGGAAAAAAGAUGUACAGUAGCAGCAAUGUACUUCGUAUUAUCCAUGAAUGAUCCUAAUAUACACUUGUAAAAAUGAAUAAAUGUUUAUUUUUGUAGUAUUGAAUGUUUUGCAGAGUGUGAUACUUCUGUUCAUAUUGUGGAAUUUGGUCCCAUUCCUUAUUUUACACUUUUUAAGUCAAGGCAAUUUUAUUUUUGUGUCACACCAAACUUAUUCUUUUAUAUAAUACAAGAAAACGCGUAAAAUAAAGCUGUUUGUUAAAUCCCCUCA